AUGGCUUUGUCCCAGUCUGAAAAUGCAGAACUGAAGAAGACGGGCAUUCCGGAAAAGUCCUCGACUACAACUCUUCGAUUGGUCACCUUUAAUGUUAACGGUGUGAAGACCAUCAAGAACUACUCACCAUGGAACGAGAUGAAAGACUACAAUCAGAUGCUGAACCACAUGAAUGCAGAUAUUAUAACAUUUCAAGAGCUGAAGUUGCAGCCCAGUGAUGUUGAUCAUAGUUUGGCAUUUUUGGAUAAUUACAGAUCGUUCAUUUCGGUUCCCAAGACAAAGAAAGGUUACAGUGGGGUUGGGGUUUUUGUGCGAUCACCCACAGAGGAUGAUGACCCGAGAACGCAGAGACUAUUAAACGUGAUCCGAGCAGAAGAGGGAAUUUCUGGUGAACUAAACAUUCCUGGUUUGAAAGGGGCUUUAACCUACAGAGAAGCUGGUCUUUCAGACGAUCCUGCCAUUGAAGGUCUGUCAAUUGGAGGGUAUCCUGAGUCCACAUUGCCGUCACGAGAAUUUGGCCUACAAAUCGACAGUGAGGGAAGAAGCGUAAUAUUAGAAUUUGACAACAAUCUGGUGGUGAUCAGUGUGUAUUGUCCUGCAAAUUCUGGGGCUACUGAGGAUGGAGAGCUGUUCCGGAUUUCGUUUCUGCGAUGCCUUUUCGAAAGAGCAAGGAACCUUAAGGCUUUGGGCAAAAAUGUUGUGAUCAUGGGGGAUAUUAAUAUUUCAAGGGAUGUGAUUGACAAUGACGAGUUUAUGAGACAAGGCGUGAGGAACGGAAUACUGAGAAUACCAGCCAUCAGUGAUGAUGAUGGUUCAAAGUUCGAGAAAUUGAAUCCUGAAGAGGUGGAAGAUUUCAAGACUUCUACCGAUGCACGUGCCACACUGGACGAAGUGUUAGUUGAGGAUACUGAAACAAAAAGGAAGAUUCUUUACGAUGUGGUUAGAAAGCUCAAUGGGAGAAAGAUGAAGAUGUAUACUUGCUGGAACACAUUGAAGAAUCUGAGACCCCAAAACAUGGGUUCGAGAAUUGACCUGAUCCUGGCUACCUCUGGAAUUCAUAAGGCUGCAAUUUCUGCUGGAAUCUGGCCACAUAUAAUGGGGAGUGAUCAUUGCCCAGUAUAUGCUGAUUUUGAGAUCAAGAACUUCGAGCCUGGUGUUAAAGACGAGGUGGUGAAACCGCAGCCACACAAAUUCGAGGCAAGAUACUCUUUCAAGGUGAACCAGGAAAGGACCAUUGCGUCUUUUUUCAGCGCAAAAGUCUCUACCGAAUCCUCGAGUGAAAGCUCAACGUCUUCCCCCAACCAUGAGGUUCAGGAAAUUCCGAUUAGCCUAAAGGAGCAGACAAACAAUCUUCCAAAAAGGAGACUGGCUCCCCCACCAAACAGAGGAAAGAAGACUAAGAUAGAAGCAAGUAGCGGCCAGAGGUCUAUACAAAGUUUUUUUGGCAGAAAAUGA